AUCGUGAAAUAAUAAGAAGAAAAUUGAGUCAGAUUAGUUAGAAGGAUUAACAUCCAGCUAUGUUCGCGGCAUCAUCCUCACUCACACUCCGCCUCCCCUUUGCUUCCUCAAUCACCACCGCCGCCGGCGCUACCACUCAGCUCUUUUAUCCGAUAUGCAGCUCGCGUCGGUCUGUAAACAGUUUGAGGCUUGUGGGUUGUGCUCGUGCGGCCAUUUCUAGCGAAGCGCAAGGUACAUUUGAUCCUGAACUCCGUUUAGUACUUGAACUUGCUACUGAUUCUGAGCUGUAUGAGAUUGAAAGAAUUCUCUAUGGCCCUAGCUACUUCAGCCCUCUGCUGAAAUCCAUAAUGAGCAGAAGCAAUGUGGAUUAUGCAAUGAUUGAAGAGGAUCUAGAGGAGAGAGAUCAGUUUUUAUCAGAAUUAGAGUCGCGAUUCUUAUUCCUCGCAGCUGAUGCUCGGUCCACAAUAAGGGGUUGGAGGCCAUCAUAUAGGAAUGUCUUGAUUGCAGUUAGAAAAGAGCUGAGCAUUCCUUGCUCAAGUAAAUUAUCAACUGAAGACCUUGAAGCAGAGAUCUUCCUUCAUCUGCUGCGUGACUACUCAAGUGAAGAAUCAGGAAGUUUUGAGGGUAUGCUUGAAUUCUCUGAGCCAUCAGAUGGUCAAAACAGUCUUGAACUUGGACUCAGUCAAUGGAAGGUGCAGGCCCUCACUGCUUUAAAACUUGGGGCGGCAGAACUCCGAUCAAUGUUUUUAAAGGGUGGUGGCAUCCUUACUCUGGCAAAGAUCUACCAGUUGUUAGCUAGGAAGUUAUCUGGGAAGGUGUUCUUAGAAGCUGCCAACUAUCAACUGAAAAGGGAUUUUGUUAGAAAGGGUGGACAAUUAGCAGCUAUUAAUCUAGAAUCCAGAGUGGCCUUACUAGCUGCAAAACAAGGUUUUGCAGGGGCUACAUCAAGAUAUCUUGGCUUGAGAAGCAUGAUGGCUUUACUUGGCCCAGUGCUCUGGGGAACAUUUCUGGCAGAUGUUGUCAUUCAAAUGCUAGGAACUGAUUAUGCCAGAAUUUUGCGGGCAAUCUAUGCAUUUGCACAGAUACGCAUCACCCGCACUUAUGGGUCACCAGUUGAUGACUGAAAAGCUUUGCAUUUUCAACGACGAGUAGUUCAAAGGUUUAAACCAGCGGCACUUGGCUUUAAGUUUAUUCUGGAAUGUCAGCAUUAACAAGAGGUGUGUUGUCAAUAGUAAUUACACUGAAUAUAUUGUUACCCAGUUAUGAGUUGAUAGUUUUUGUGAAGUGUAACUACUAACUUGGAACGGUAAGAGCUGGAGAAAGCUUAUACGAUUUGUUGUGCAAAAUUAAUGACAAGUUUCCCUGGAGUUGUGAGAACA